AUGUAUCCAUUGAUGAUGCACGCCAAGUGGCACUACAUCAAGUACAAAGUCCGAUUGGAACGUGAUAUGGUACUACCUGUCCUCCAUGCUCUACAAGGUCAUCCAGAAAGUGGACGUUGUUGGGAGUCCCACAUCAACAAGAUUCUGAGCAUGCCUGAUCUUCAAUUCAAAUCGACCACCCACGACCGUUGCAUCUACCGUGCCACCUACGAAGGCAUCCCAAUCUAUCUUCUUUGUCAAGUCGAUGAUUUUGCCUUGGCUGCGUCUAAUGAAGACAUUGCCAAAGCGAUCUACAAACGCAUUGGGAACCAUCUCAAACUGCCUUCCGAGACAACCGUUCCUAUCAAGUACCUGGGACCCCUCACCGAAUUCAAUGGUGUUGAUGUGACCCAGUACAACGAUUCCAUUGUUGUCUCUUGCCACAACUACAUUGAUCGUGUGCUCAAGACUCACUCCUGGACCACGCCGGCUCCAAACAAAUCCAAGUACGCCGGGUCUCCACUUCCAACUGAUUGUAUCUCUCAGUUAUACAGUGAACCUGGCUAUGCCAAAGCUAGCCCAGAACAUUCCAAACUGAUUAAGAAACACAACUUUGGAUACCGCCAACUUCCUGGUGAAUUGUUGUAUGCAUAUGUCACUUGCCGUCCCGACAUCGGUUAUGCAGUCAUCACACUUAGCAAAUUCGCUUCCAAACCAGGUGAUUUCCAUUUUCACAUGUUGAAACAUGUGGCCAUCUACCUUCGCCGCACCAAACAUUGGGGUAUCAUCUAUCAUCGGCCUUUACUUGACCUACAGGAACCACAAUUGCCGCCCAACCCACAACCUGGAGCCUCUGUUGACUCGUCGCUACCGGACUUUCCUUCGAUUGAUCCACACACUCUCACCUGCUUUGUUGACGCUGCCCAUGGCAACAAUCUUGACACCCGUCGAUCCACAACAGGGUAUGGAUUGGUAUUAGCGGGUGGAUGUGUAUCCUACCGGUGCAAGACACAAACUGCCACCGCCACCAGCUCCAUGGAAGCCGAAUUCUAUGCCGCCGUAUCCGUCGCCAAGCAAGCUAAGUACCUCCGCGCCGUCCUUACGGAACUUGGAUUCCAACCCUCCAGUCCCACCAUCCUCUUCUGUGACAAUGAAUCAACCAUCAAAAUGGUCUACUCCCGCAUUCCUACGGAACGCUCCCAUUACAUUUGA